AUGGCAGUCUUAUUGCUUCUCCUUCUUUUCCUACGUGGGUUCCCCAAGACUGCUACAGACAACAUCCAGGCUAUCUAUGUGGCCUUGGGGGAGGCGAUGGAGCUGCCAUGUCCCUUACCACCCACCCUACAUGGAGAUGAGCUCCUAUCUUGGUUCCACAGCCCUGCAGCAGGCUCCUCUACCACCCUGGUGGCCCAGGUCCAAGUGACCAGGUCAAUCCUGAACCUCGGGAAACCUGGAAAGGAAUCCAGGCUCAAACUCCUUGGAAACUAUUCCUUGUGGUUGGAGGGGUCCAAGGAUGGAGAUGCUGGGCGGUACUGGUGCACUGUGCUGGGUCAGUACCACAGGUACCAGAACUGGAGGGUGUAUGAUGUCUCUGUUCUCAAAGGAUCCCAGUUAUCUGCAAAGUCUACAGAUGGAUCCUCCUGCUCUGUUCUACUGUGCUCUGUGGUCCCUGCCAAACGUCUGGACUCUGUGACCUGGCUGGAGGGGAAGGGUCCUGUGAGAGGACAUGUUCAGUCCUUCUGGAGUGAUGGGGCUGCCCUACUCUUGGUGUGUCCUGGGGAAGGGUUUCCUGAGCCUAGGGGCCGUAGACCAAGAAUCAUCCGCUGCCUUGUACCUCAGAACAAAGGAGUCAGCUUUAGCCUGACAGCCUCCAUGGAUGCUUCUCCCAACCUCAGUGCCCCUUCCAUGGUCUGGGAUAUGACUUGGAUCCUGAUGCUGUCACUCACAGUGGGCCAGGGAUUCACCAUCCUGGCUCUCAGCAUCAUGCUGUGGAGGCGGAGAGUCCAGGGGGUUCAGGGCAGAGAUACCUCCAUUCCUCACUUUAAACCUGAAAUCCAGGUCUAUGAGAACAUCCACUUGGCCUGUCUCAGCCCACCUGCCCACAAGACCGGGUGAUCUUGGUGAUGUCUGCUGCUGGGAAAUGUGACCUUCUCUCUCUUCCUGGUCAUCUGGCACUUGAAGAAUUCCCUGAAAACCUCGGUGGGGUUGGGGACACAGAGAG